AUGGGUAAAAAGCAAGUUGGUCCCGCUUACGUCCUGGGCGUUGGCAUGACAAAGUUCAUCAAGCCUCGCGGCAAGGUCGACUACCACGAGCUCGGUUACGAGGCUGGAAUUAAGGCUUUGCUUGAUGCGCACAUUACCUACGAUGAUGUGGACCAGGGUGUAGCAUGCUACGUAUACGGCGACAGCACUUGUGGUCAGCGUGUCUUCUACCAGUUCGGUCUCACCAAUAUCCCUAUCUACAAUGUCAACAACAACUGCUCGACUGGCUCUACAGGUCUGGCUAUGGCCCGCACAAUGGUCUCUCACGGAGCCGCCGACUGUGUGCUCGUCGUGGGGUUCGAGAAGAUGAACCCUGGUAGCCUUCAGUCAAUGUAUAAUGAUCGCGCUAGCCCCACAACCCUCUUUGGAACAAUGAUGGCGGAGACCCGCGGUGUGACCAACGCACCGGGCGCGGCGCAGAUGUUCGGUAACGCAGGUGUCGAAUACAAGGAGAAGUACGAUUCUAUCCAACCCGAUUACGGCUGUCCCAUAUAUCUUGUGCUGACACUUCUCAUCUAUAGGUACGGAGCUAAGAACGAGGAUUUUGCCGAAAUCGCUCGCAUCAACCACGAACACUCUAAGCGCAACCCUUACUCGCAAUUUCAAGAUGAAUAUACCUUAGAGCAGGUGAUGAAGGCCCCGAUGAUCUUCGACCCUCUCACCAAGCUGCAAUGCUGCCCCACCUCGGACGGGGGUGCCGCGGCUGUUGUGGUCUCUCAAGAGUUCUUGGAUGCCCGCCCUCACCUGAAGGACCAGGCCGUCCUGAUUGCUGGCCAGACCAUUGCCACCGAUACCGACCAGGUGUACAGCCGCAGCUCUAUUGAUUUGAUGGGAUUCGGAAUGACCCGACACGCCGCGCGUACUGCUCUCGCCGAGGCUGGCGUUAACGUGAAAGAUGUCAAGGUCUGCGAGUUACACGACUGCUUCUCCGCCAACGAAAUGAUAACUAUCGAUGCGCUGGAGCUCUCCGAGCCUGGCAAGGCACACGAGAUGGUCCGUCGGGGAGAUAUUACAUACGGCGGCAAGAUGAUCAUCAAUCCCUCCGGUGGACUCAUUUCCAAGGGUCACCCUCUUGGCGCGACCGGCCUUGCUCAAUGCGCUGAGCUGGUCUGGCAUUUGCGCGGCUGGGCCAACAACCGCCUCGUAGACGGUACUGAUGUUGCUUUGCAGCAUAAUCUUGGUCUCGGUGGUGCUGUCGUCGUCACCGUGUACAAGCGUGCCGAUGGUAAGGUCGCUGCUGCCGUUCCCUCCGAUGUGGUGGGCAAGAUUACGGGUUUGGGCUAUAACCCGGCCGUGGAGGCUCGUGGUUUCACGGCUGAGCAGGCCAAGUCGGUCUCCAGCAAGAACCACACCAGCGAGUAUGCCCUUGCUGAUACACAGGAGCGCGUCCUGGCCCGGUUUUAG